CUCACCCUCACACUCCUCCGCCGUAUAUAUAGGACGGACCCUGCAUCGCCGCUCAACAUCCUCAUCGCCAUCAGCUCACACUCGCACCCACCCAGAGUCCAGAGAGAAGCGGCAGCUAAUCGACCAAGGGUAGCAGAUCGUGCCCGGCUCCGGCGGGGAUCGAGGAGGAUCGAUGGCGUUCAUGCGGUACCGUGCGCUGCCGCAGGGGGAGGUGACGGCGGAGGAGUUCUGGGCGUGGCUGGGGCAGUUCGACGCGGACCAUGACGGCCGGAUCAGCCGGGACGAGCUGCAGCGCGCGCUGCGGAGCCUCAAUCUGUGGUUCGCGUCGUGGAAGGCGCGGGAAGGGGUGCAGGCCGCGGACGCCAACCGCGACGGCGCCGUCGGCAGGGAGGAGGCCGGCAGGCUCUUCGCCUACGCGCAGAGGCAGCUCGGCGGCAAGAUCACCCAGCUCGGAUCCUACUGAUCAGGCUGGGCACGAGUUGAUCUGCUGCUGUAACUGUGAUGGCGUGUGGAGUAUGAGAUUUUCUUUUUCCGUAUGAUGUGGAGUAUGAGACGGAUGUUUUGUGUUUUCGGAGUUCUUGGGGGCAACCAUUGCAGUGGUUUCCCCAAGGGUUUCCUACUUUGUAUUUUCGGCACUGUGAACUCUGUGGAGAUUUGCAGAUGUUGUUACAAAUGAUGGACGUUUCUCCAAGCUCUGUUGAUUAA